AUGGCGGAUAAUCUAGAGAACCCCGUCCCCUUUUCCGAGCCGCCCUACCUGUGUGGCCUCCCUUCCCCGUACUACACAGAGUCACAUCGCCAGUUCCAAAAGGCCUGCCGCCGGUUCCUAUGGGACAACUUGCUCAGCAACGCCGCCGAGUGGGAAAAGGAAGGGACCGUUCCUGAGCAUGUCUUUGCGACCUUCUGCAAGAGCGGCAUGCUGCUGCCCAAUAUGCCGGCCCCGCUGCCCGUAGAAUGGCUCAAGGAUCUCGGAAUCCACGACAUCCUGGGCGUCAAGGUCGAGGAGUGGGACUAUCUGCACACGGGAAUCUACUGCGACGAGCUGGCCCGCUCCGGCCUAGCCGGCCCAGGAGCCUCGCUGACAGCCGGCUUCGCCUUUGGAAUCCCGCCCAUUGUCAAAUGGGGCAGCAAAGAGCUCAAGCAACGCUUCCUCCCCGAUUUCCUCACCGGCAGAAAACGCACGUGCAUUGCCAUCACGGAACCCGACGCGGGCAGCGACGUGGCCAACAUCACCACCACGGCGGAGAAGACCGCCGACGGCAAGCACUACAUCAUCAACGGAGCAAAGAAAUGGAUCACGAACGGCAUCUGGUCCGACUACACCACCAUGGCGGUGCGCACGGGGGGGCCAGGACGCGCCGGGCUCUCCGUCAUCAUCGUCCCGCUCAAGGGAUACCCCGGCGUGACGAUGCGCCGCCUCCCCGUCGGCGGCCAAAAGGCCGGCGGCACCACCUACAUCGAGCUCGACAACGUCAAGGUCCCCGUGGAGAACCUCCUCGGCAGAGAGGGCGACGGCCUGCGCAUCAUCCUCACAAACUUCAACCACGAGCGUCUCAUCAUCGCCGUGGGCGUCACGCGCCAGGCCCGGACCGCGCUCGCCGCCGCCUUUGAGUACUGCCUCAAGCGGGAUGCCUUUGGCAAAAAGCUCAUGGACCAACCUGUUGUGCGGCACCGGCUGGCCAAGGCCGGCGCCGAGCUGGAGACGAUGAACGCCUGGACGGAGCAGCUCCUCUAUCAGCUGUGCCACCUCUCGUCGCAGGAGGCCGACUUGAAACUGGGCGGCAUCACGGCCCUGGCCAAGGCCAAGUCUGCCAUGGUCUUGAACGAGUGCGCUCAGGUGGCCGUUUUGCUGUUUGGUGGCAACGGGUUUACGGCCUCGGGACAGGGGGCAUUAGUUGAGGCUAUUUACCGAGAUGUUCCUGGUGCUCGGAUUCCCGGCGGCUCGGAGGAUGUGCUUUUGGACUUGGCCGUGCGCCAACUCGUCAAGAUUUAUCAGUUUGGAGGGGCGGCUGCAUUGAAGGGCGCCAAAAUAUAG